UAAACAAAACCUCUCUAUAAAUAUCAACUCUCACCUCAACCAUUUCUCACACAUUCACAUUCUUCUCAUUCUCAACAACCUCAUACACAAUCCAUUCUUCUAUUUUCAUCUUCUCAAAAAAUGCAUUACCAAACAGAAUCAUGGGGAACCUAUCACAUGAACCCAACAACAAUGAUGGGAGACCCAUUAGAACGAAUAGAAAGACUAGCAUCAGAAAAUGCUGUUGUGAUAUUCAGCAUAAGCACAUGCUGCAUGUGUCAUGCAAUCAAGAGAUUGUUCUGUGGAAUGGGAGUGAAUCCAGCCGUUCAUGAACUCGAUGAAGAUCCAAGAGGCAAAGAACUUGAAAGGGCACUCAUGAGACUACUUGGUACCUCAAAUGUUGUCCCUGUUGUCUUCAUCGGUGGGAAACUCAUUGGUACUAUGGAUAGAGUCAUGGGAUGUCAUAUUAAUGGCUCUCUUGUUCCUCUUCUCAAACAAGCUGGUGCUCUUUGGCUUUGAAAAAUGAAACUCUUCAUUAUACUAUUAGUGCUAUUUUAUCAUCAAAAGUAAACAAGGUUGAGGAAGAGGAUCAAGUAGGUUUUUUAUGAGACUCUUCAAAUUCCAUUUUGGAUUUUUUUUUUAGUUAAUUAAACAACCUUUGUAGUACUUUUGAGUCUUGUUGUGUUUUUUAUUUUAUAGUUUAGGGUUUUUUUUUCUUGGUUGGAAUUUGGGUUUGUUAUGGUUUUCUUUAUGGUUUCCUUCCUAUGUAAAGACAAAAAGCAUAUUGGAAGA